AUGCAGCUCUUCCUCGUCAAUUUUAUCUUGAUCGUCUACGCAUUGUCUUCGUUUGUCCGUGCCGAUGCUGUUACAGAUGCAAUUCAGUUGCAGGGCCUCGCUUCCAACACGGCGGAUACUGUCUUUGCUUCGUUGAACGGGACUGCUUAUCUCAACACGUCGGAUCUGGUCUCGAAAGUCGCCGUCGCUAUUCAAAGUGCAGAUUCGAUGGUGAUGUCGAAUGUUUCCUCUCCGGGCACCGCAAAUGUCACCUUGAACGAUGCCUACUUCAACUAUGUCAACUCAAUGCUCUAUCUCGCUGAUACAGUUCAACGCCGCGGUCGUCUCUUCCACUCGGAACUGAACCUUCCAGUGUACCAGUCUCUGCAGAAUCUAUCUUCUGCUGUCUCCACAUAUGGUCACGACCUCGCUUCGGAAAACUUGAUCCAGAGAAACAGUACCAUUCGUACCUUGACGACCAGCAGUGCCAUUGUCAGAGCACAGAGUUCAUGGGCCAACAAUCAGAACUAUCCAGGCAAGAGGGAGACUUUGAGCUGGUCAGGUUGA